AGCGUGCUCUGAUCAUCACAGUCUACGUGCUACCAUAACAACAGUGAAUGAAGAAGGGCAGUUUAGAAUACAGUUUUCUCCUCAUUGCUCGUGUUUGUCAGUGUGAGAAUCUCUCUCUGAAUUUAAAUCAUCCUUCGGCCACUAACCAUGUCUCUGUCAGGUUCGCAGACUCCAGAGGACGGCUUGUACGACUCAUGGGUGGAGCUGGAGGAGCUGCUAUCAGCGGUGAUCAGCAGGGAGAGUCUGACAGGACAAGAACAGGACAUGGCCUCCUGGGCCCUGCAGGGGGAGCUACAGACGAUCCUGCUAGAGGCACAGCUCGAGAGUAAAGACAGUCCUCCACAGGUGGUGACUCCUCCACAGACUGUUGCUUCCCCUCCCCACAGUGAAGGCAGUAGCAGUACAGACUGUGUUACCAUACAGUCCGAAGAAGAAGGGGAGAGGGGGCUGAUUUCUGAGUGGGUAUGGGACUGGUCCAGUCGGCCUGAGAACCUUCCACCAAAGGAGUUUGUGUUCCAGCACCCGAAGCAGCAGUCAGGCUCCAUGAGUGUAAGGAAGAGUGAGGUGAUGAAGAGAGGUCUGUUCUCCUCCGACGUCCUCAUGAUCCUCAUCCCCUCACUGCUGGUCUCACACCUUCUCACACUGGGAGUGGGGAUAUACAUAGGGAAGCGAUUGGCUGCCUCCACAACUAGCACUCUGUGAUAUAUGCUUCAGGGUAGCGCUCCCAUUUGUUGACGGCAGACCAAUAGGAAUGGCAGCCCUUGCCACAACACACCCGUUGCCCCCCUCUCUCGCUGUCAUGGGGCAACAUAGGACCAGGCCUUUCUUUACCACUGUCUCUCUGUCUGUCUCAAUAUGUCUGUCUGUCUGUCUGUCCACAACCCACCAGCACGUUGUGUGUCUGUCCAUCAGUCAGUCACCCAGCAUCUCUGAAUCUGUGAUUGUCCCAGGGCCAGAGAGAGUGUGAGUGUGAGUGUGAGUGUGAGUGUGAGUGUGAGUGUGAGUGUGAGUCUGAGUCUGAGUCUGAGUCUGAGUGUGAGUGUGAGUGUGUGUGUGUGUGUGUGUGUGUGUGUGUGUGUGUGUGUGUGUGUGUGUGUGUGUGUGUGUGUGUGUGUGUGUGUGUGUGUGUGUGUGUGUGUGUGUGUGUCAGGGCCGGAGAGAGUGUGAGUGUGAGUGUGAGUGUGAGUGUGUGUGUGUGUGUGUGUGUGUGUGUGUGUGUGUGUGUGUGUGUGUGUGUGUGUGUGUGUGUGUGUGUGUGUGUGUGUGUGUGUGUGUGUGUGUGUGUGUGUGUGUGUGUGUGUGUGUGUGUGUGUGUGUGUGUGCGUGUGUGUGUCAGGGCCGGAGAGAGACUGCUAUACAGACAUUGUGUCAAUAACUCAGACUGAGAUCACUAUUACUUUACCAGCAGAGUAACACUGAUCUCAGUUAACUAACAGAGAGAAAUGAGUGAUGAGAUGGAGAGAGAAAAGGGAGAGAGAAAAAAGAGAGUAACUCCUCACUAAAUCCCCAUAGAAGGUAUGAGCAGGGCAUUGAAGAAAUAGGGUAUAUAGUCCAAUGCUUAACCAAAUUUAAACCAAAAUCGAAUUCUGGUGAAAGAAAGUCCCCAACAGUAUAUCUUUAUUUGACUCUGGUCACCAAUUUGUGUCAGAAAUAACAGAUCUGUGAUAAGCCUGGGUGGUUUGUAUAACGUUGAGGAAUGGUUUGUAUAACGUUCUAAGUGGUUUAUGACAACACAAGUGGCGCUGGUUGUUUUUGUUGUUCUAUAUAACCAUCUGACUGUUAAACUCUGAACUGUAUGAAGGACCAUAAGCCCAUUAAAUUUCAUUCCUCAUACAGCUCCA